AUGAUUGGACACUUUGUUAGAUGGGAUGGGUGUCGUAUAUAACCGCCGCUACCACUGGACAGGACAACAGUCGAGUACGACAAUUACAACAUGGCAAGGUACGUCGUCCCGUUGGUCCUGACUGCGUUGGUUGCCACCUGCCUUGCUGCACCAGGUGAGCGAAUGAGACGGCACUAUGACGGAGGCUUGGGCGCUUACGGCGGUGGCGGCGGGGGCGGUGGCGGAGGCUUCGGGGGCGCCGGCUACGGCCCGGGACAGGGCGGACAGCUCGGCGGUCUCAGCUACCCCCUCGGCACCUCGCAGUCCUUCUCAAAGUCUUCAGCUAGCGCCAGUUCGGGGUCGGUCGGUGGUGUCGGCUUAGGUUAGAAUGGAUAUGGCGUAACAUUACUAUUUAUUUUAGUUUUAAAAGAAUGACUUGUACUUGUGAAGGGUCCGCAAUCCAAUGUAUUAUAUUGUGAUAGAUAUUUUGUAGAAACAUG